GGACCGCGCGCAUGAGGUGUCAGUUCUGCGCGCGACCUCUCCCCUGAAGGUGUCAACCUACUCCGCGACCUACUCCAAGGUGUUUGCCAAAGUCUCGUGCAACUGACGUGCUUGUCCUCGCGCGUUUCUUUCGUUUCCUUUUAUCUCUCUCUUUUUCGCGCGCGUCAGUUCGUCACUUUCCGGCUCUGCGUUUGUCGUUGUUCACCGAACAAUAGAGAGAGAGAAGAGCCAUCCGAGAGUGGACUUUUCUUUUUCGAAAGGAAGAACCGGAAGUUGAGCCGUCCAUCUGACACGUGACCCGCUGCACCAGCAUUAUCAUGUUCGCCGGGAUGUCCAGAGGCAACAAUGAGGAAGCUGAAUCGACGUAACGGUCUACGCCAGGAUGGCCAGUUGGCCGCUGAAAAUCGUACUUCUGUCCAGCACCCUCAUCCUUGUCCGCGGACGGGGAGUGGUGCUGGAUAGUCAGGGUCCAGUGUUGAUCUCGGAGCCACGCUCGUCGGUCGAGUUCUCGAACGAGACCGGUGCAAUGAUCCAUUGUUCGGCCCAGGGCAGUCCGUUACCAAGGAUUGAUUGGCUCAUGGGCGACGGCUCACCGGUUCUACCUAUACCGCACAUCCGUGAGAUGCUGGUGAACGGUUCGAUGUAUUUCUUGCCGUUCGGCGCGGAGACCUACAGGCACGACGUUCACUCGGCCGUCUACAGAUGUCAAGCCUCGAACAGCGUCGGCAGGGUGUUGGGCCGUGAAAUCACCGUAAAGGCCGUGGUUCGUCAGAAGUAUGAAAUUCAAGUGCGAGAUGCGUACGUAUUUCCGGGCAACACCGGCGUGCUGAGGUGUGAGAUACCGACGUUCGUUAAGGAGUACGUGGCGGUCACGUCCUGGGUGCGAGAUUCCGCCUACAACAUCUUCCCCACGCCGAAGAGCGAUGACAGACAUCACAUGCUGCCAUCCGGGGAGCUGCUGGUGUUCUCGGUGACCACAUCGGAUGCCCAGUCGAGCUACCGUUGCCGCACCGUGCACCGUGUCACCGGCGACACCGUGGAAAGUUCCUCGUACGCCAGGCUCGUGGUCACCGAUCCUCACAGCCCGGUGCCGCCAAGAUUCAACGAACGAGUGAGCCCAGCGCCUAUCCGCACGGGGGAGACGAUCGUCCUAUCCUGCAUUUCCCAGGGUAUACCGCCGCCCAUGUAUCUAUGGUUUCGCGAGUCCGUGACGGGCACGGCGAUGAUCUUCAAUUCAGAAAGGAUCUACGCGAGAGCGGGCGUGUUAGUGCUACAAUCAGCUCGGCCCGAGGACGCUGGCCGAUAUGUCUGUCACGCCAACAAUACGGCCGGUUCCGAGAUGGUCGAACUAGAGGUCUCCAUUAUAAGCAGUCUCUCCAUCCACCUGGUACCUCAACAGGUCACCGUCGACCUGGGAAAAGACGCCGAGUUCCACUGUUCCGUUACCGGCCAACCGAUCCCUGUGAUCUUCUGGACGAAGGACGGUCUUCCCGUGAGAGAAGGAGCCUCCGGUAGAACCAAGAUCAGCGGCAACGAGGGCUCGACGUUGCGAGUGUCGUCGAUCGUACGCGACGACAAAGGAAUGUAUCAAUGUUUCGCGAAAAACAUGAACGAGAUGGUACAAGCGACCGCGGAGCUCCGACUAGGGGAUGCCGCGCCCCAACUUCUGUACAAAUUCAUCGAACAGACCAUCCAACCGGGUCCUUCGGUGUCGCUCAAGUGCAUCGCUACAGGAAACCCGACGCCGCACUUCUCCUGGGCACUGGACGGGUUUCCUCUUCCGCAAAACGACAGGUUCAUGAUAGGUCAAUAUGUGACAGUGCACGGAGACGUGAUAUCGCACGUGAACAUCAGCGUAGUUCACGUGGAGGACGGAGGAGAAUAUCGUUGCACUGCGUCGAACCGUAUGGCAAGGAUCUCCCAUUCAGCUCGUCUUAACAUUUACGGCCUGCCCCACGUUCGGCCAAUGGGAACCUACGCAGCGGUAGCCGGCGAAACCACCAUCAUCAAAUGCCCGGUUGCCGGUUUCCCGAUCACGAGCGUCACGUGGGAGAAAGAUGGAAAAGUGCUACCGACGAGUCGUCGCCAGGACGUCUCGAACGGCACGUUGAUCUUGCACCACGUCGACAAGAGCACCGAUCACGGUGCGUACACGUGCACGGCUAAGAACAACCAGGACCGGAGCGACUCCCAGACAGUACACAUCGAAGUGAAAGUUCCACCCACGAUAGCCCCCUUUAGUUUUAACAAGGACCUAUCGGAGGGCGUCCGUGCCCAGGUAACUUGCAUGGUCGAGAAAGGCGAUCCCCCGUUCACGAUCUCCUGGUCAAAGGACGGCGAGCCGAUCGCCGGGCCCAAUUCAGCCGGAUUCGGGAACACUGGGAUAACCAGUCCCAACAGACACACCCAGAUACCCGUCGGGAUGCGCGUAACCAACAUUGACGCCCAUUCCAGUACCAUAGUUAUCGAGCGCGUGAGCGCCGCGCACACCGGCAACUAUACGUGCAUUGCGCGCAAUUCAGUGGCCGAGGUCCAUUGGACGGCCGAGUUGAUCGUUCGUGUGCCACCCCGUUGGGUGAUGGAACCCCAAGACGUCCGUGCAUCCGAAGGGAUGUCGAGGCUGGUGCUGCACUGCCACGCGGACGGAUUCCCGCCCCCGGCGGUCUCGUGGCGUCGCGCUAGCGGCGAAAAACCCGGUAAUUAUCGCGACAUCGUCACGCACGAGCACGCCCAGGGCCUCAGGAUUCACUCGAACGGGUCCCUGGUCUUCGGCCGGGUUCAAGAGGACCACGAGGGGUUUUAUUUGUGCGAAGCGGUGAACGGGAUCGGAGCUGGCCUCAGCAAAGUCGUACAUCUAACCGUGAACGUUCCCGCCCAUUUCGUGGAGAAACAUCGUAACCAAACAGCAAGACUGGGCUCGAGCGCGUCGCUACGUUGCCAAGCUAAGGGCGAUCAUCCCUUGAAGAUAAUAUGGAAAAAGGCAGGCGCUCACUUAGAACAGAAGCUAUCCGAUUACCGGUACACGGUGAAGGAAGAAAAUACGACGGACGGGAGCAUCAGCACGCUUGAAUUUCUCAGCACGAGCCGAGAGGACAGCGGUAGAUACUUUUGUAUAGCUUCGAACACUUACGGCCGCGACGAAAUGACGAUCCACCUGUACAUACAAGAGCCGCCCGACUUCCCGCGGAAUCUACACGUGAUCGAGAAAGGAAGUCGUUACAUCAAUAUCAGUUGGACCACAAGCCAGGAUGGGAACAGCCCUAUUACCCAAUACAUCAUCGAGUACAAGACUGACACUGGUACCCCGAUCUUUCCCUUGACGACUUAUUUUACAGAAGUGUGGCGCGAUCACAAGUUUCACACAACGGUGCCAGGCACUCAGGCUCACGCUCACGUAAGCGGUCUGCGCCCAGCAGUCCUGUAUCAGUUCCGAAUAUACGCUGAAAACGAAUUGGGUCGCAGUCAAGCCAGCGAUAUUUUGGAAACCACCACGGAGGGCGAAAAGCCGAGCGGGCCGCCGAGAAAUCUCAAGGUGGAUCCCGUCAGCUCGACCGAGUUUAACGUCACCUGGGAUCCACCUGAUCAUGAUUUAUGGAACGGGGAGAUACUCGGUUAUCACGUCGGCUACAAGGAACAUCGGCUGAUCUCGGAUCAGUACACGUUCCGGACAGUGGAGAGGCGAAUCUCUACGGCCAGCGUGGCCCUAGGCCUGGCGAGAACGUCGAUGCCCGGUAGACAGUAUCAGCUGACGAACUUGAAGAAGUUCACGCGGUACAGCGUAGUAGUGCAAGCGUACAACGCGCUCGGCCAGGGUCCCAUGACUCCGGAGGUGAUAGCGACUACCCUCGAGGACGUGCCGAGCAGCCCGCCACAGGACAUCCGUUGCACGGCUCUGUCCUCGCAAUCGCUUCAAGUCUCGUGGGACGCGCCGCCUGAAUCGAGUUGGAACGGGAUCCUGAAAGGCUACAAGGUCAUAUGGGAAAACAUGGACGCGCUGGCCGAGUCCCCGAAGUCGGAAAUGAAGAUCACCAGUGCCUUGACUAUCGUGAUCCACGGCCUCGAGAAGUACACCAACUACUCUGUCCAAGUGUUGGCCUCGACCAGGGCCGGGGACGGCAUCGCGUCUUCACCUUUGUAUUGCGUCACCGAGGAGGACCUGCCGGAGAUGCCGGCCGGUGUUAAGGCGGUCGUCAGGUCGGCGACAUCGAUUAUCGUCUCGUGGCAGCCACCGUACAGGAGCAACGGCAACCUCACGUCGUACAACGUUCACAUCCGUUGGCUCGGCCCGGAGGGAAAAUCGUACACACGGACGUUGCCACCGCAUCAGACUAGCUAUCUGGCUGAAAGCUUGCACAAGAAAAAUCAGUACGAGUUCAGUAUAGCAGCGGUCACAUCGGUGGGCGAGGGACCGAAGACUCACCCCAUUACAGUCUCGCCAACCAGCGACGUUCGAGCUGCGAUAUACUCUUUCGGUACAGUGCUGGUGGUCCCGUGGAAGCGGAACGUGACGUUACCAUGUCAGAGCGUUGGCAAUCCCGAACCCUCGGUGACGUGGAAACAAUGGGGCCAGAUUGUGAAAUCCUCGAACAGGGUAUCCCUGUUACCGGAGGGAUCCCUCCAGAUUAUGGAUCUUCACCGAGAGGACAGCGGAAAUUACACUUGUCACGUGAAGAAUCGUCACGGAUUCGAUCAGAUCACGCAUCGGUUAACCGUGCAAGUUCCACCGGCAGCUCCGUUGCUUCACGCAACGAACGUGACAAGUAAUACGAUCAACGUCCAAUGGAAAAACGGCGACGACGGCGGCGCGCCGAUAAGGGGUUACAUCCUCCACUACAAACGGGAAUCAGGCGAAUGGGAAGAAGUGAAGGUCUCCCAUAAGAUCAACAGUUUCGUGCUCUCACGGCUAUGGUGUGGGAACGAUUAUCAAAUGUAUCUGACCGCGUACAAUCGGAUCGGCAUGGGCUCCCCGAGUGAGAUCGUGAAAGCUAGAACCAAAGGGUCGAAACCGGACGAGUCGCCCAGCAACGGUGAGAAAUUCAUCACCGUGAACGUGUCGUGGAUCACGCUCCAUCUGAGCAUGUGGAGCGACGGUGGCUGUCCCAUCACGCACUUCGAGCUCGAGUACAGAAAAAACAGCGACGAUAUGUGGACGCUGGUGUCGAACAACAUCGAGGUACAAAAGACGUACACGCUGAGCGAGCUGCAAUCUGGAACGACCUACGACAUCCGAAUAAGGGCGCACAAUAACGCGGGUUUCUCGGUCGCCGAGUAUAGGAUAACUACUCAGCAGCCUCACACCAGCAGCACAAUCCCGUCCGUCGAGAUCGAUCAUUACAUUCCUCAGCACACGUCCGUCUACUCGGAUCUGAAAUUGAUUAUCCCGCUGAUUCUGAGCUCUCUUGCGAUUAUCGCCGCCGCCGGUGCAGUCUUCUAUUGUUUCCGGAAACGUCCAUUUAUAGGAGAGAUGGCGAGCCUCCACGACGCUCAGACCGCGGCCGCCUUAGACAAUAAACAGAACAUGGAACAGCGCGAACAAUAUUACGCGACCGUGCGAAAGCCUCUUCGUUCGCCGAUACACGAGAUGGCCACCUUGGAAAAAAUUCCAGAAUAUUCGGAAGACAUCUACCCUUACGCGACCUUUCAACUGGAGGAGAGCGUGCCACCGGGAGGCGAUAGUCGGUGUAAUUCCGCAGCACCACUUCAGACCUUCGUCUAUCACGAUCCACGUCUGUCCACUGCCGACACUCUUCAAUUAAGAGAGUCGGAUUGCAACCGAUACACUAAGGUGCGCGGAGGCCGUUCGUCCUCUGCGCCGUUGCACAAAACGCACAAGGUCAAUCAGGGCAAGUCCGAGUCGGAGGAAUACGACACCCUGGGCUCGGAUAGCGACACGGAAGUCGGGACCAGCAGCCGAACCGAGUCUUCAAAUCACCUCGUCGAUUCGCACCACUCGGUGUCUGCGGCCGACUCGCGUGUCCACAACUUCCUGUACCAUGGACCAGAAUCUAGCACGUCUACAGAAACCUCACCGAUUUUUGAGAGAAAAUCGUUUCCUGGAAGGGGAAGAUCCAAGAUGUUACAGCUGGCGCGUUAUACCAGCGAGGAGACCCGUUCCAACUUCGGCCCAAUCCCCGGGUUUGGCCAUACCAAGCACCAGUCGAGCAAUUCCUGUUCCAAUAGGGACCAGGAGCGUGACGGAUCAGGGAACAUGUUCAUCCCCAAGCUGGACCCACCCACGGGCUUCUCCGACGCGUUUGAGCUAAGCGAAGCGGAAUGCGACCUCGAUCGCGGCCACAGUAGCCAACGAAACGUCCGUGACUUCGUAAUCGCGGUGUAAAUAAAAAGAGAAAUGAACAAAACGUAGAACCCCUCCGACGAGAACCUCCCCAUGAUGCUGCGCGAACCUGCGAAACGAACAGAAAUCCCAUUUCAAAUUUAUCUCGAUGUAAAAAUAAACGAUACCGUGGUCCGUCUUUCGUUAAUUAUUACAGGCCACCUCGAGAUCGGCCGCUGACUAUGUGCUCCAUGUUCGUGUUCCUGGCCUAUGUCGAUGAAACAAGCGUCGAUCGUAUCCUAUUUUAAGAAGAAGCAAUGAACAAACUCGACCAUGUGUUCUCCAAACUGCCAAACUCCGUUCGAAUUCGCGAGAACCAGCGAACCAUGCGACGCCGCAUGUGCAGGCGACCCUCGUUUCAGUUUUGAACGAACCGUAGAUCCCUAGACGCGGGAGAGUUUUAUCGAAAUUUUAAUUCAACUGCCAUUUCGUUCGAGAGAAGAGAUUUUUCCUGUCGUAAAAGGAAGUUCUCCUAGUCCUCCACCUCGUAAAUUAGACGAAUUCUUGCGGAUUGACGAACGUUUUUAUUAUACGAUACGUUGGAGAUCAACCAACACACACACACACACGUCCGUUCGAAUCUGUUUCACGCGAAGACUGCAAACGAUCCAACGAGGAAAAUCUUUUAAUUUCCCCGUUGAGAAAGUCUCCUAAUCGUGUUUCUUACAAUUAACGCAACGAAAGAUUAGAAUCUUUAACUGUCGUCGAACGCGAAUCGUCCUAUUAUCAAGACUACGUUGCAGCAAACGUUCCACGAGAUGAACAGUUUCAACACCGUUAACACCGUGUGCAGAUAAAUGCAUAUCCCGAGCGAGCAAUACGCGAUUUGUUACGAGUUUACUUGGUCUUCCAAUUUUUCUAGAUCGUUUUAUCUACCGAUCUUUUCACCGGCAUCGUCAUCGUAUAUAAGAAGCUACGAGGGCGCGUAGGGAUAACAUUUUUAUCGAGCAAGCAUCUUCGAUACGUUUUUCUCGUUCGUUCAUGAAGCAAAAUGUGUGGUAUACGUGUAACGUAAGUAACAAAACCUAAGCCGUGAACAAAGCAGAAUAAAUGAAAUCAUGUUUCGUCGUUGUCAUCGGUGUUGUUUCUCACUCGCGCGAGACUGAAAAUCGUUAGUAGAUGAAACCGUGUAGUAUAAAACUUUUAACGUUGAAACGAUUAAGAAAAAAAAAAAAACUAUUAUCUGUAAGAUGUCUGUACUUAUCAAUACUGCUAACCGUGUGUACACGUAUCGUACCUCACCAGAACGCGCGGACGCGGGUCACGGGGGAGAAUAUUGCGCACCGAUUAACGAUCGACGGACCGAGUGAUACGCUAAGGGAAAACCGACAAGUAACAGAAAAACCACAAAAAAAAAGAAUAAAAUAAAAAAAAAUUUA